AUGAACGAUUCUACUCAUUCCCCAUCGGAUCCCUUUGCACCUCGACUUACACCCACAUUCAACGCGACUCUGGCCCCUCCCACUCCUACCUCGACCAAUACACCGAGAAGCGUGUCUAUCACGAUGGAAGAUUACAUCACAGACGGAGAGGAGAAAGAUCUUGACCUUAAUAUGGUACACGACUUUGGUGGUGGCGAAGGGUUAGGUGUCGAUAUGAGAGAUUUCACAAAUCACGUCGAUGAACAUGAUGAUGCCAAAGAUGGUGUUCUCGGUGAGUACAAUCGAUUUCUAUUACAUAGGCAAUGUGCAAGGACGCCGGCUUACAACAUGAUGCCUCAUUUUCUAUAUCCUUCUUAA